AUGGAUGUCAAGGAUGCUACAAUUAGGCAAAAUUCCGUUACAACUGCUACUGAUGAGCAGUCGUUCGAGGGCCCAGAUGAUGCGACAGCCUCGCCAUUAACAUCCUUGGAUUCCCGGCAGCGGGCUCUUGCGGACAAGGAUCACGUGAUCCAAACUGGAUGUAACUUGGCCCAAGAGCAAUCGAGUCCCCUCAAGUCAAGCGAUUCAGGUUCUGCUGUUGUGGUCUCCUCUAACCAGCCUACUGUGCCGCAUUGUGGCCGCUGCCACAGGCCAUACCCGGUCGAUAAAGCAGCCAAGCCCUGUGCAAAAUGCCAAUCUGUCAGCUAUUGCUCGCGAGAGUGCCAGAAGGCUGACUUUCGCAAUCACAAAAAGAUGUGCGCCGCUGCGGCCCAAGCCUAUGCCUCUCGAACAGACUUCCGCAUGGAAACUCGUGGGAGUCACAAUAAAAGUGUGAAAGAUGGGUUUCGCGCCGGCCUGCAAAAGUGGCAGUUUGAUACAUGA